AUGUCUGGAAAAAAGCGGAAAAUCACCGAUUUUUUCAAUGGUCCGUGCAAAGAAGAAACUGGCGAAUCUCUAAAGUGCCCGAAAAAAUCAAUAUUCCCCACGGAACCCAAGAAAAUCGCGAAAAAACCAGAGAAGCGCGAAAAAUUGGAUUUGAGUCAAAGAAUUUUGGACGUGGGUCAAGAGAAUAUCGGAAAUUUGCACUGCGAAGCGUGUAAUAUGAUUUAUAGUGUAGAUUCGCCGAAAGAAGCUGAAAGACAUCGAAUUUUUCACAAUCGUUUCGAGACCACUGUGAAUUUUAAUAUCGAACAGAAUUUGAUUGAGAUUUUGAAAACUUUGCCGAAUCAAAAGAUUGGCCAACAUCGAAUUGUGUUUAUUUGUGCGAAAAUGGCGGGAAAAAUUGUGAAAACAUCGGUGGAAUAUUGGAUGGUGAGCGUAAACGUGGAGCAUCGUUUGAGGCGCCAAAAAUUUAAAUUUCAGAAAUUCGUCAACGAAUCCGUCGGCUACGUGUCAGAAAGCACGGGACUUUGGGACGAAAAUCGGCGAGUCUACCUGAGUAUGGGUCUCAGCGCUGAAUCCGAAAUAUUUUUGGCGGGAAUUUUGGUGGCCGAAAAAUUGGAGGAGGCGAUAAAUGAGGAAAGCGGGGAGGUACGGAGUACGGUCAUUUUUGGCGCGAAAAAUGACGCAAUUUUGGAUUCUUGGUUCAAAAAACGUUCAAAACGCACCGAAUUCUUAUCUUUUUAUUGAAACAAUUGUUACACUAAAAGUGCAGAGACUAGAGUGUAGUUUAGACGAAGAAUGAUAAUUUUUCAAUAUUAAAAAAAAAUGAAAACUACGAUGCUCCGCGUUUACACCAUCAAAACUAUAUCAAAAUCCUUCAAAUUUUAUCGCGUAACCGCGGAGCAUCGUAGUUUUUCCUGAAAUUUUAAAUUUUAACUCGAAAUGCUCCAAAUUUUACGGCGUAAACGCGGAGCAUCGUAGUCAUGUUUCCAGACCACUAAAAAAUGCAAAAACGAUGAUUGGAUUGUGGGAAUCGAUCGAAUCUGGACGCACAAAAUCAAGAGAAAACUGGGAAUCGGAAGUGCACUUCUAGAUGCUGUAACUACACGGGAUACCAAAUUUGAGCACAGGAAAAGAAGAUUACGAGUGGCUUUUUCGGAAUUAUCAGAUGAAGGACGAGUUUUUGCUCAGAAAUAUGUUGGAAAACACUACGAAAAUGAGCCAUUUCUAAUUUAUUGA